UUUUUUCUCCUCUCUUCCCUCCACAACGACGCUAACCCCACUCUCUCUCUCCUAAAUAUAAGAUGGUUCCUUUGCUCAUUAGUACCUUACCAAUCACACAAACACACGCAUACACGCAAUGCUUCAACAAACAAAGCAAUCUCUAUCCUUCACAUUCUCUCUCUACCUUCAGAGUUAUUAUCUUGUAAUUGUCAUAUCAAUUAGAUUCAACAGCAGUCAUGCGAUCUCAUUCUUCUUCGGCGAACCUCCACUGUUUUUCUCAUCAGGGGGUUUUCCGAUCCACCAAACGCUCCUUUUUUUCUAUCAUACCAAGCACAUCUCGCGCUUCAUUCGAUUCAACUCUUUGUUGUCGCAGACCCAGCUCUUAUUUUGGUCUCAAGCGCUUGGAAUCAAGUGCCAGAAAACACGGACUGAGACGUAAGAUCGUCCAAGUUAGUGCCAUGGAUGAGGGGAUCUCUUCACUUGAUGACUGGGAAGACAAUGACAAGGCUUUUGAAUAUACAUCUAGUGACGGUGACGAUAGUGACGGAGAAUAUUUGCUAAAUCCAGUGAUUGAUGUUGAUUUGCCUAGCACUAGAGAGAAAUUUCUUACAACGAAUGAUGCUUUAACCAUGACUGCCCACCGAUUUGCAAUGAUUGGGAAAGGACGCAAGAAAAGAAGGAUUAAAUACGGAGUCAUGAACAAUAUUGGGCUGAUUACCUUCUUGACAGUGCUGGUUUUUGUUGUGGAUUGUUGUGCAUGGAGAAUUGUCAGACUGCCUUUGGAACCGUUUUAUUUGAUGCGUCCUUUUUGUAUAUCUGCAGUUUUAGUAUCUUGUGCAGGCUACAUUUGUGUCCCAAUACUUUUUAGUUUGAAGGCUUGCUCAAUCAUCAGAAAAGUAGGGCCUGUUACACACUCCACUAAGAAAGGAACCCCCACUAUGGGUGGAUUGUUUUUUAUCCCAAUUGGUAUAAUUGUUGCGGAAGUCAUAGUUGGUUUUUCUUCUAUUGAAGUUUCUGGAGCAGCAGCAGCAACUCUAGCCUUUGCUGCAAUUGGGCUUCUUGAUGACAUCUUAAGCCUUAUUAAGAAUGAUAACAAUGGUUUAUCUGCUUGGAUGAGAAUUUUGUUGGAGGUAGCUGUUGGAACAUGGUUUUCAUUUUGGUUGGCAUUCACAAAUAUAUCAUCACCCUACAGCAUGAAAAUGUUGGUUCCUCUACCUGCCCCGCUGGGCCUAGUUUGCUUGGGAAAAAGCUAUCUAUUUUUGACUUCAUUCUGCUUUGUUUCUAUGGGAAAUGGGAUUAACUUAACAGAUGGUCUUGAUGGGUUGGCUGGAGGGACUGCUGCAUUGGCUUUUGUUGCAAUGUCGAUUGCGGUGCUUCCUAUAUGUUCUGAUCUUGCUGUAUUUGGUGCAUCAAUGGCAGGAGCCUGUAUUGGUUUUCUUUUGCACAACCGGUACAAGGCAUCUGUAUUUAUGGGUGAUACAGGAUCCUUGGCAUUAGGUGGAGCUCUGGCUGCGAUGGCUGCUUGUACAGGAAUGUUCCUUCCAUUAUUCGUUUCAUCUGGAAUCUUUGUGCUGGAAGCACUAUCAGUAACAAUGCAGGUAUCUGUUUUCAAGAUCACCAAACGGUUACGAGGGACCGGCCACCGCAUAUUCCGGAUGGCGCCAUUUCAUCACCACCUUGAAAUGACUGGAAUGAAAGAGCCAAUCAUUGUUGCAGUUGCAUAUGCUGUUUCAUACGUGUUGGCUUUAUUUGCAGGAUACAUGGGUCUUAUUUCAGCGUAACUUGCGCUACACACUUAACCCAAUCGGUGUUGACCUGAGCUACAUCGCUCUUUUCUCUUUUUCAAAAGUAAAUUUUUGGGUUCACACUAAUAUUCUUUGCUUUAGAAAAUGUGAAAGCACAUGAGUUUAUAUAGGCAAAUUUUGACAGGAGUUGAGUCAUUGUGAAUCAAGAUACCGAGUUUUCUUGUUGUAAACAUGGGGAAAAGGAAUUUUACUUUCAACAGUAAUUAGUUUGGUUGAUUUUCAUGCCGACCUUCAAUUAUUACAUUAUUGAAUGACAUGAAUGAAGACACUGUAAAUUUUUUACCCAA